GAGUGAAAAGGUCCUCUUUUCCGCUUCCCCAUUUACACGGGUACGAGCCCGCACGUCGGGCUUCACUUCGUUACUUUCCGUUCUCGGGAAUGGAGCAAUUUUCGCACGGGUCGUAGUGAACGUAUUCUGUAUCCAUAGUCUCCGCCUUCGAAGCAUUCCGAGUUUUCGGUGGAGAAAGUGUGUCCGAAAAAAACAGGAACGGGAGAAGCACAGUACAUUCCUUAGCAACGCAGGGUUUGCGUGCGACAAGAGGAUCACGGGAAUCUAGCAACCCGGACCUGCUUGAUGCGCUCAUCGAUUCGUUCGCUCUUGUGGCAUCCUUCUGGCGGCGGCACGAUGCUGGAGUUCAGCUUCACACUCAUCGUCUCGGUGCUGCUCGGUCUCGGGUUGAUAUGGCUGGCCGGCCGCUACUUUCUUCGCGAAGAUGUCGUCUACAUUCCGGACAACUGCCGGCGGCAUGCCUGGAAGUCGAUGAAGCUUCUGUCGCGGGCCUGCGUUUGCUCCGUGUGUGACACUUCGAUGGCCUCGAAUGGUCAUUUCUGCGAGAGCUGCGGUGUCUGUUCGGAUAACGGGUGUGUCCGGAAAGCGGAUGAACGGUUUCUCUGUAAGCAACUGCGAAUCCGCUCCCGGGCGGACGAUGGCUCGCAGAGUAGGCACCUGUGGGUGAAGGGUAAUCUGCCGCUCGGAUCCGAGUGUACCGUUUGCUCGGAGGACAUCGACCAAACGAGUGAACUGGGUCUGUACGGCCAGCGGUGUUGCUGGUGUCAGCGGGUGACGCACGACAAAUGCUUCAGCGAACUCUCGACGACCCGGUGCGACUUUGGACGGUUCAAAGAGCUGAUUUUCCCACCCAAAUGCAUUCAAGCUUCGCGCAGUAAGGUUGCCCCGAAGGUGCACCUGACCGGGAUCGUUCCGCCGGAGUGGAAGGACAGCUGGCGACCGUUGAUCGUUGUCGCAAACUCAAAAUCGGGCAGUAGCGGUGCGGAUCAGGUCGUAGCUCUUAUGCGUGGAAUCUUGCACCCGCUGCAAGUGUUUGAGCUUGGCCAGCAUGGUCCACACGAAGCGCUCCAGUGGGCCAUCCACGCGGCUCCGACGCGUUGCCGUGUUUUGGUUGCCGGUGGCGAUGGUACCGUCGGUUGGGUGCUCAACACGAUCCUGCAAAUGAAGGUAGAACCACAUCCGGAGGUGGCCAUCCUUCCGCUCGGCACCGGCAACGAUCUUUCGCGCGUUCUUGGCUGGGGUGCCGAGGGACCGGACGAGUUCGAUCCGUACGAAAUUUUGACACGCAUUGCGGAGGCCGAAACGGUACAGCUGGACCGUUGGUUGGCCGAAAUCACUACCCACUCGACACUGGCACGGUUCCAUGUGCCUCGGUUCAACCAGCCGCGCCACUUCUACGUCUACAACUAUCUCAGCGUCGGUGUUGACGCUCUGGUGACUCUCAAGUUCCACAAAGCCCGCGAAAGCUCGUUCUACGUGUUCAGCAGUCGGUUCGUUAAUAAGUUUAUUUACCUCUUCUUCGGAACGCAUCAAGUGGUCCACCAGGACUGUGUGGAGCUGGAAAAGAGCCUCGAGCUCUAUCUGGACGAUGUACGGAUCGAUCUGCCGCAGCUACAGUCGGUGGUGGUACUAAACAUUGACUCCUGGGGUGCUGGCGUUAAGCUCUGGGAAAUGAGCAGAAACUCGCCGACACACAGCAUCAUGAAGGAAAUGCACAGCAUUUCCGAUGGCAUCCUCGAGGUGUUUGGUGUCGUGUCUUCGUUUCACAUCGCCCAGCUUCAGGUGGGGCUGAGCAAACCGGUUCGAUUGGGUCAAGCGAAGCGAGUGAAGAUUGUGCUCAAACGAACGCUUCCGAUGCAAGCUGAUGGUGAGCCGUGGAUGCAAUCGGCCUGUGAUAUCAACAUUCAGCACUACGGUCAGGCGACGAUGCUGAAGAACGUGAAAAAGUGAUCGAUUCGCGGCACAGUUUGUGCCUCUUCGCGUGUGGCGCCAACGCCAGUAACGUGUCCCAGUAAUAGAGCCAAAGCGAUUUAAUCUUCCUACAACAUAACGGCGUGGGUUUUGAGUGUAAGUUAGUUUUUUUUUCUUUUACGUUGUCGAUGUUCGAACUAGGAAUUGAAGAAUCGGUCGUUUCUCGGUCGAAUGCUCAUUUUAAAAUUGUAAUGCUCGGGAAAUCGGUUGGAAGGUGUGGAUCGCAAACAUUGGGCCGGUUGGCCCUUUUAGCUCACCGAUAGGCUAAGCGUUAGUACCGUCGUCGGUCCUAUAUUUCAAAUUCUAAAUGUAAUUUGUAACUGUUGUAACCCUUUGAUCUUUCUUCCAACAAUCCUCUCCCUGGGGAUCUGUUCCUAUAAUAUGCAUUUUUCUUCCUGAAUAGCGCGAUGGCAAGCAAUACUCUGUCGCUUAACUUGAUCUCACUGUAAGGGACUAACACAAGCAAUCUUUCGCACUUUCUAAUGACAUGUUUUACCAUAUUUACAAUACGUGUAAUAGCUAGUAAGGUUCAAUUAAAUUGCCAGAAGACGGAAAUGAUCUGUCGGAUCAGCACCAUCAGGCCUUUUACUGGCCUGGUUGAUUAAACCGGUUCAACGUUGACAUGGACUUUGCGCACCUCUGACGCGACGUAAGAUCGAAGUAGCAUUUGCUGAUCGCAAAGAUUGCAGGCGAACAUAUUUACAAACAUACAGCAACGUGCACGACACACACGGUCAACUAGAUCGAACCACUCACGAAUGCGAUGCAAGUCGAGCGCAUCAUUACAUUGCCAACCGCGAAUGGCUUUACUUACAAAAACCCAACCACGAAAGAUUAUGUAAAAUUUAUUUAACAUUCUACUUAGACAGUAAUGUACACGGGGAGGGGACGUGUGGAUUGAUAAAUAAAUGCACCGUGCAGCAAGCGCAUCGUAACAGCAGCAGCGGCCGCAGCAAUGCGCACACCGUAAUAAAUUAUAC